AUAAAAACAUGGCGGCGCUCGGGAUGGGGGAGGGCGGUUCGGAUGACUUUUAUAAUGUUUUCUCAUAAUUUCAGCAGUUUCUAGCAGCUAUCUUGUUGUGUACAUAAGUAACACGAAUUUCUGAAGAUAUUUGGCGAGUUUCAGCUCAUGACAUUGCGUAAUGGAGGUGAUAAAAGGCAUCGUGUGGACGGUCCUCUUCGCCGGGUUCGUUGUCCUAGCUGUACAAUACUGGCUGGACAGGAAAGGGUAUAACUUUGAGCACAAAGCCAUAGCCGCCAUCACAAGAGAGUACAUAGAUGCUGAUCGUGAGACGGCCAUGAAAGCCAUUGUAGACCACCUGCGGGAAGUGUACCCAAACGGUCUGCUGCCUGAUGAAGACUUACAGUGGCUCUACGUGGAUACCACUGAACAUGUGGGCCCCAUGUGUCUGCUGCACCUGUCUCUGACUGAAUACCUGGCCUUUGUGGGAACAGAUCUGGACUUUGAGAUUUCCCCACCAAAACAUGAGAGAAGUGCUGAAGAAAGAGAAGGCAGAAAGAGCAAGCCAGGCAGAACAUCCCAAACAGAAGAGGAGUGUGUUUGUGAGGAAGAAGAAUCUGAAAUAAGAGAAGACAAAAGGGACAAGAAGGGAAACAAGAUGCAAAAAGAUAAGAAGAAAUACAAGGAGAAAGACUCUCAAAAGAAGGAGAAGAAGAAGCCGAAGACAAAGUCAGCUGACCAGAGCUGUUGUACUGAGAAAGAAAAGGUUCAGGAAGAAAAGGAAACUAGGAAAGACUUUAUCAAACCUUGGAAAAGAGAUUCCGUGUGCCAAUACCUGAAACACUACAUACCCAAACCAAACAGCUCGUUGGAGCUCAACUGGCAUGGUUGGGCAAACACCUCGGAGACUGUGAUAGAAGGAGGAGGGGUGCAGACAAGAGUCAAGCAUGAUGGCGAGUUUACUGUCAACCUUAAGCCAGGCGACACAGCCUGGGUUCUAACAAGUGACGACCAUCUCGUCAACUGGAACAUGGAUACGUGGAUGAUCGAGUACGGGCGUGGUUUCACCCCGAUGCCGAUCGCCUCAUCCGUCCUGAACGCUGCCCUGUACACGCGAGACUGGCCCACGCUCAAGUUCCUACUCAACCUGUACUACAAGGGACUGGUCAGAGAGUUCACUUUCCACUCAUCUAUUGUGCAGGACUUUCUGGAGGAGAUGCACCAUCUACAGCCUUUCUUACAGUAAGGAAAAGCAGGUGACUUCAGACUUAGUACAAAGCAUUAAAUGCUUUUUCAUUAGCCACUGCAAUGUGACUUCACGACAGGUCAUGUCUUAGUAUUUAGCCAGUACUGCAAUGUGACUUCAUGACAGGUCACAUAUUUAGCCAGCUACACUGGGUCGCCCCUACUCAAUAAGUGUGUUGGGUUCUUUCACAUGCAGAGGUUUGUCACAUCACAUUGAUGCUACUAUUAUGCUCAUUCACAUACCAGGAUCGCAGAAUUUGAUGUGUACCAGAUGUGUAAGCUGCGCACAUCUAUGCACCAUGCAGACACAUAUACAGUAAAGGGUCACUGUUAUUGUUCCAUACAGGGCCAUGUUUAUUGCUAAACAUGAAACAGUAGCUACUCCAGGUUUGUGCUAUUGGGUUAGAACUAGAAAUGUGAUCAUCAACUUGCUAGACUGUGUACUGGCUGACUGCGUGUAGUCAUGCUUUAGCUGUGUCGCACUUGUAUAGCAAGCCAAUUGUUUAAGUGUCAAAACUGGUCUCUCUCUCAACCAGCUCAAUAAUACAAAUGAUGAUUCAGGUCAAAUAACAAACUUCUAGGCAAUAUAGAACAGAUAUGAAAAUAUAAGUCUUGAGUAAGUUGCAAUUCAGACUAGACACGUCAAUGUUGAAUACUAAUUAUUUAUGAAGAGAUUCUAUACUUUGUACCAGGAUUGUUUAUAUUUGUAGCUGCUAGAUUUUGAGAAACUACAUAGUACACAGUUAAGUUUUAAACCUUCUAUGAAGAGUAAAUAUAUAUACAUUUUA